AUGGGGUUGUCAAGGUUUAAUCAAGAUGCUACAUGUUUUGUAACUAGUUCUGAGGGAAAUUCUGUUACUAUAUAUAACUGUGAUCCAUUUGGGAAGUGUUUUGAAAUGGUUGAUGAAGACACUCAGAAUAUAGGUGAUGAUGAUGCUAGAGGUGAUGAUAAUAGUGGUGGUGAUGAUGAUCUUUUAGUUGAGAUGUUAUUUUCUACUAAUUUGGUGGCUAUUGUUCAUAGAAAACAGGGGAUUCUUAAAUCUAAAAAAUUAAAGAUAGUUAAUAUUAAGAGGAAGACAAUUAUUUGUGAAUUAUCGUUUCCUCAUCCAAUUCAAGAUGUUGUUAUGAAUCGUAAACGUGUCUGUGUAUUGCUUAAUAGUGAUCAGAUUCAUAUUUAUGAUAUUUCAUGUAUGAAACACUUACACACAAUUGAUAUUUGGGAUAGUCAAGUUAAGAGCAUUACAGGGCAGGGAGUAGAUUCUCUUUCUAAUUCAGGUACAAGCAAUAUGACAAGUUUGAGGGAAAGAUCAAGUACAUUUUCCAAGUCUAUUAGUCCAAAAAUAUGUUUGAGUAAUGAUGACAGAAGCAUUUUAGCUUUCAAUUGUUAUAGUACUUCUUCUAAAUCAGUCAUUCUUAAUGACGUAGUUAUUUUUGAUGCUUUGAAUAUCUCUCCUCUUAAUUAUAUCAACUCAGUUCACAAGGGUAAUGUUGCUUCUCUGGCAAUUAGUCCAGAUGGUAAAUUCAUCGCUACCGCUUCAGAAAAGGGUACACUAGUGAGAAUAUUCAAUACAGGCGCUGAAACAGAAAGUGAAUUAUUAACACCCUUAUUAUAUGAAUUUAGACGUGGCAAUAGACCCUGUAAUAUCAAUCAAUUGACCUUUAACAGUGAUUCUACUUUACUUGGGUGUGUAGGUGAUUCUGACACUAUUCACAUUUUCAAAUUAGAUUCAACAAGCAGGUUAUUAUCCAUGUCAGUAAAUUCAGAGGACAAUUCACACAUAACAAGUGAGGAUAUUAAAGCAUUAAGGAAAGAUCCAAAUUCAAAACAAUUUACAAAAUUAAUAUCAAAAACAAUUAAAAAAUCAAUUCCAAGUCAAGCAUUACGUCGUGAUUUCGCUCAUAUAACUAUCAAAAAUACGAAGACUAAACACAUACUAGGAUUCCCAAAAGAAUUCAUGAACCAAGUAUACGUUUUAAGUAACGAUGGUUCCUUCUUUAUCUAUUCUUUACCAUCAACUUCUGGGUCUUGUGUCUUAUCCAAACAGAACGACUUUAAAUAG